AUGGCUCCGAUGAAGGCUCGCCAGCAGGCAAAAUGCCAUAUACCUGCCAAGCUUGCGCCAAAAGGUAUGCUAUGGAGACCUCAGAUGUCAACGAAGGUCAAAUGUGACAAAGCUAUCCCUACCUGCUUCACAUGUCGUAGGUCGAAGGUGGAUUGUGUGUACCAAGCACCUCCACCACGGCGACGAAAGAGAAAGUUGAUUGAUGAUGUUACUAACCGACUCGAACACUAUGAGAACCUGCUACUAGAGCAUGGCAUCUUGAGGAAGGAUGCUAUCACGACGACCACUUCCACUCCCGGGGAUGAAACCUCACUUUCUGCCACUAAAAAGUCACCUAUCUUGAACGCGGAACUGGUCGCGCCGUACACUGCUGAUAUGCUGGAAGAAGCCGGCUCCAAUGCUCCUGGCCGUUCUGUCGGAAAGAAUGCGCUCAAUGAACAAAGUAUGACCCUGCACUGGAACGAGGGAUCCGAGUCGGCCACGACGAACAGACUGAUCGCGGGCCAGGGCAAGUCUCGUUACAUUGGUAGUCAUCUGUGGCGGAACUUGAAUGAAGAGGAGAUGCAGCCUAUUGACGAAGAGGAUGACGAGGAGGAGGAGGAGCGGCAGCGACAGUAUGCUACAUAUUCUACUCAAGAUCCGCUGACGGGGGCGCUGAUGGGCGGCGCGAACCAGAGCUUGCUACAAUAUCACCCGACCCAUACCGAGGCGAUGGCGCUAUGGCGGACUCAUGUUGAGAAUGUGGAGCCGCUUUGCAGGAUUCUGCAUGUGCCAUCGGUCUCUACUAUGGUUAAGAAUGUUUCGCAGCAGCCAGUUUCGGCAUCGAAGUCAGAGGAGUGUCUUCUGUUUGCCAUAUACCAUUUCGCGGUUGUGAGCAUGACGGAAGCAGAGUGUGAACAGCGGAUUGGGCAUUCGCGGGAAGUCUUGAAGCAGGACUACCGCUUUGCAAUCCGCCAGGCUUUGGUCAACGCUUCUUGGUUGAAGACGACGGAGAUGGUGGUGCUUCAGGCUUUGGUGCUGUUCCUGAUGGCUUGUCGGUACUCAUACGACCCGCAUACGUACUGGAUUCUCACCGGUGUUGCUGUUCGUAUCUCUCAACGGAUGGGGCUACAUCACGAUGGUGAUGCGCUGGGAAUGUCGCCAUUUGAGGUCCAGAUGCGGAGACGGCUAUUCUAUCAAGUGAUCCCGUUGGAUGGAGUAGCAAGUCAGCUGUCCGGGACAGGUGUAGGCAUCCUCGCUGACUCGUGGGACACCAAAGCCCCGUGGAAUAUCAACGAUGAUCAGAUUUGGCCAGGUAUGACCGAGCAACCCGUCGAGCAGAAAGGCGCCACGGACAUGAUCUUUUGCUUGACCAGAGCCUGCAUCGGUGUGGCGGUUGCUAAAUCUGGCAAGACUCUCUACGGCAUCUCCAACGACUCUGAGGAGAAGAAUAUCUCGCAGAUGGAAAUACUCAUCAACAAAAUCGAAGCAGACGUCGAGGAGAAGUAUAUCCGGUACUGCGACAUCAUCAAUCCCCUCCACUUCCUCGCAGUAGGGCUCGGACGCUCCGCCAUGGUCGCUAUGCGCCUCCGCAUCCGGCUGCAUAAGAUCCGCAGUCAGACCGCCAACGAUGCCGAAAGGAAGGAGGCGUUCCAGCUCUCGCAAAAGAUCCUGGACACCGAUACUGCAGCCCAUGCACAUUCUGGGCUGGCAAAGUUCAAGUGGCACACUGGUGCCUUCUUUGCGUGGGGCAGUUGGGACGCAUUUAUAUACUUUCUCACAUGUCUUUCAAAACCUGGACUGCUUACACAGUCCGAGCACGAUGGCGCUUGGGCGAAGAUGGAGCAGGUUUAUCACAAUCAUGAUGAUUUGUUAAAGUCGGGCCAGGCACUUCACGUCGCGGCAGGUCGGCUUGCUGUCAAAGCGUGGGAUGCUAGCCCUCCCAGUGACAGUGUGGGUGAGCCAGCAUUCAUCGCGACUCUGAGGGCAAGGAGGGAGGAAAGUUUGAGGAAGAGCAAGGCACGCGCUCCUGCGAUGAAUGUUGCAGAUGCCCAGGGCAAGGUCAAGCAGCCAGGUGUGCCAACGGCCGAUGCCUUUGGAGGCGUGCCAGCAUUCCAGGAGGACACGUUCAGCCCGGAUGAUGUUAGUCUUGAUACUUUAGACUGGAUUUAUUGGGACCAAUUGAUUCAGGACUAUCAAGCCAAUGGCGGUGGAUGA